AUGGGAUGUCCUAUAAUUGGAUUUUUACCUACGAUAGCGAAACAAUUGGGGUACUCGAUAACCACAUACGGUGUCGUUAUGACUGUUAUGUCGAUGAUAUCGAUGAUAAUGGCACCUCUAGCCGGUGUAAUCGUCGACAGGUUCCGCGUGAAAAAAACGCUAUUUUUUACGAUGACACUAUUGAUGGGCGUGUUUUCGUUUUCCUUCAUGUUUGUACCAAAAGUGCCUUUGGAGAUGGGCGUGGAAAUGAAAUGCGAAUCUGAAAUUAUUAUGAUCGUUCAUUCCGAUACUGCACAGCAGAAUACGUCGAGUUUUAAUGACGAGAACAAUGACGAAUUGAUCACAUGCAAGCUGACUUGUCAAAAUACGAAGUCGUACGACCACAAAAUAAAUACAACGAACAAUCGAUCAGAUUUCUGCGAUCAUUGGACGAAAACCACCUGCAAUAGUGAUAUCGAAAGUAUAAACGAUCGUAGUCGGAUUGAUGUUACGUUGAAAUUGAAAGAUAUGGAACGAACCGAAAGUUCGUAUGUUUUCUACUUGUCGUCGGUCCAAAUGAACGGUACGGAAAUUCCUCUAAAAUGCCAAUGUGGUUUAAAAACAUUUUGCCACAUCUCAUGUCCUAAUAAAGACAUGAUGCGUAUAGCCACUGUGCCGGCGUACAGAGGAAACGUUCUAAAUUUGUAUCAAUUUUGGAUUUUUUUCAUGACUGUGUCUGCGUUCUGGACUUGCGUAAUUAUAGCGGUAACUCUACAAAACCCAAUAUGUCUCGAUAUUUUAGAAGACAAACCCGAGGAUUACGGAAAACAAAAAUGUUGGUCAUCAUUUGGUUGGGGCGGUUUUUCCAUAUUCAUUGGGUGGCUUGUGGAUAGGUUUAGCGUCGGUAAAAAGGAAAAAGAUUAUUCACCAGUUUUUUAUUCGUGUAUUUUACUCACAAUUUGUAAUUUAUUUGUCAUCAAUAAACUCAAAGUAACCGAAACGAAAAAAUCCAAAGAAAAAUGGAAGAGUGUUUAUGGACUGUUUACUAAACAUUAUGUGAUUGUAUUUUAUAUAUGGGUAGCUACAAACUCGUUUCUUCAUACGAUUAUUACACAUUUUCUAUUCUGGUACAUGGAGGAUUUGGUAUCUGCUAACAAUGAUCACGACCAGCGGGCGUGGCUUAAGACGCUCCAAGGUCUAGCCCAGGGCAUCCAGUGUUUCGGCGGUGAGAUACCAUUUUUCUUCUGGUCCGGUUGGAUAAUCAGAAAGAUGGGUCACAUCAACUGCAUGGCCAUAGUGCUGGGAGCCAUGGCCAUUAGGAUGUACCUUUACACAGUCAUCUGGAAUCCAGCUUGGAUCAUUGCAAUAGAGCUAUUGAACGGAGUAUCGUACGCGUUGGGCUUGUCGGUGAAAAUGUCGUACGCGAAAAUUAUGUCACCCGAGGACAGCACGAACACUAUAAUCGGAAUAAUAGCGCUUUUCGAUUGCAUUGGUGACUCUUUAGGUAGUCUACUGGGCGGAUAUUUAUUCUAUUCAUACGGUGGAGUGUGGUCGUUUCGAUUUUUCGCCUACGGUUCUGCUUUGAUGUGCCUUUUAAACAUACUAAGCAAUCGUUUUGGAUUGACUAAAGAUUUGAAAAAUUGCAAUUUUGUCGCAGUGUCUACGACAGAAAAUAACCAGAAACAAUGA